AUGGUGCCCAGGGAGCAGCUGGAGAGCUGCACCAUCACCAAGGCCGACACGCCGCUGCUGAACUGCGUGAAGCCCGACCAGGACGUGAAGUUCACGCUCAAGUUCCAGGAGUUCAGCCCCAACCUGUGGGGCCUCGAGUUCUUCAAGGGGAAGGACUACUACAUCAUCUCUACAUCCAACGGCACCAUGGAGGGCAUCGACAACCAGGAAGGGGGCGUGUGCAAGACCAAGUCCAUGAAGAUAGUCAUGAAAGUGGGGCAGAACCCGUCUGACCCCGUUUCACCCAAAGACAUUCCCACCAGAACGCCCUACAAGCCCGGGUCGCCGGACGACGACAGGGAGAACAACGAAGUCCAGCAGACACGAGAUAAAUCCAAAUCAGAAGACACCGGUGGCUCCGGCGGCAGCGGCGGGAAAUCGUCCAGCGCCAUCGGCUCCGAGGUGGCCAUCUUUGUGGGCAUCGCCUCUGGCAGCGUCAUCUUCAUCAUCAUCAUCGUCAUGCUGGUCCUGCUGCUGCUCAAGUACCGGCGGCGGCACCGCAAGCACUCGCCGCAGCACACGGCCACGCUGUCGCUCAGCACGCUGGCCACGCCCAAACGCGGCGGCGGCGGCAACAACAACGGCUCGGAGCCCAGCGACAUCAUCAUCCCGCUCAGGACUGCUGACAGCGUCUUCUGCCCGCACUACGAGAAGGUGAGCGGGGACUACGGACACCCCGUCUACAUCGUUCAGGAGAUGCCGCCGCAGAGCCCCGCCAACAUCUACUACAAGGUCUGAGGGGCCGGGAAAACGAAAACGCAGAACCCGGACGAGCCCCCGGUCGGAGCGAAACAAACCGUCCCGCUCUUCCUCUCUGUCGACUCCUCCUCCUCCUCCUCUGAUGUUUCGUCACUAGUCGUUUCCUCUCCGAGUUUUCGCCCUUCGCUCCGGUUCGGUCACCGCCGGCGCAGACGAUGGGGACGAGUAGCGAAGCCGCCGCCGUCGUCGCUCGCCGGGAAAGCGGAACGGACAGCCUCUUCUUCGUUUUCGUCCACCGGGAUUAAGUGAGUGGGAUGGAUGGAUGGAUGGAUUUAUGGAUGUGAAAGUUUCUGGAAGUGUGAGGAAAAGACAGACUGCUGUUUUGGAAACAAGAGACUUUAACGAUGGGAGAAAAAGCAGGAAGUGGGCGGAGCUUGAACUCAGCUGAGCGGAUUUACCAGCGGGAUGCAGAGAGAUUCCCACGCCGGACCUUCUGUGGGACCUUCACCCACUCACCUGUCCACCCACAUGACUACCAUCACACAAACACUCACCUGUGCACAGAAACAGACUCGCGGGUCAAUGUGACGUGUUGUCGAUCACAGCAUCUCUCCUCAUCCUCAGCUCGGUUUUAUUUACUUGAAGGUUUAGAGAAAAAAAAAAUAUGAUUGAGUUUCUUUGUUUAGUUCCACAUUUACUGGUUUUGUUCAUAUCUGUUUUUUAUACCUUUACGACGGCGUAUCAGGGCCACUUUGGGUGGAAAAAAAGGAGUAAAUUUCUGCCAAAAA